CAGACAUUAGUCACAUGACGCGUCGACGUCACGCUUUCUGGAUUCGGACAGGAGAAGAUGGCGGCCUCCUCAGGAGUUAAAGUCCCUCGUAAUUUUCGCUUGUUGGAAGAGCUUGAGGAAGGACAGAAGGGUGUCGGUGAUGGGACGGUGAGCUGGGGUCUGGAGGAUGACGAGGAUAUGACUCUCACACGGUGGACAGGCAUGAUCAUCGGACCUGCACGACGUGACUGGAAGCCUUGGGCACCAGUAAACAACAUGCCAUCCAGGCUGACACAUGACCGCUGGUGGUUACAUUUUUGGUGUAAAAAUAUACUGAAUUGGUAUGAAAAUAAUGUGCAAAUAAUUUUAAUGGUUCUAAAAAUUUUCGUCAGCAUGAAUGGAAUAAAUAAUUCCAAUGGGAUGGUGGAUGCACGUAGCAUACCAAUUCUAGCAAAAUGGCAAAACUCAUAUAGCAUUAAAGUCGUUCUUCAAGAGCUAAGGCGUCUUAUGAUGUCCAAAGAGAAUAUGAAGCUUCCUCAACCACCGGAAGGACAGGCAUACAGUAAUUAAUUGUAAAUGAUUGUUAUGACCCUCUGUCUUAAACCUUACUCUCUUAGAAAUGUCUUGUAAAUCGUCAGAAAAAGAAAAAACGAAACAAAUUUUGCUCACUCCACACUCAAACAGUCUCCUCUGCGGGAGCACGAUUGGACAUUUCUAAUAGUUUAGCUUGAGAAACAAAGAAAGCAAAACGCUUAUAUUGUGUGGCACCAUGUUCAAUUCUGUUUUAAAGUUAAGAGUGCACAAAUCUCUCUCUUCCAGUAACAUUUACAUCGACCACAAGCUUUAUGAUGAUGAACUGAAUCCAGCCAGCAUAGACGCAGAAAAGAAGGCAUGCUAGGUGAGGUUUAUACAGAUCUGUUCGUUUUAAGUUAAAGUAACAGGACACCAAAAAAAAAUAUAGGAUGCAUAUACAACGGCAUGCUUAUUAAUAAAAAUAAGAGAAAAAAAAAAACUUAAAUUGUAAGUUAACUGAACUUUUUUUUGUGUGUGUAUCUGAACCCCUCACUGACAAUAACGUUAAGGGUCCUAAAAGUGUGCCUGUAGUCUGCUAGUAUCGCAAAAGGAGUGGGAGUGGUUCUGAACUUUCUCUUCUGUUUCGUUUUUAGUUUUUAAUGUCUGUAUUUGACACAAUCGCAGUGUGUUUCAGCGCGUUGUAAACGUAUGCUCUGUUCUGUUCCGAAAUCAAACCGUGCACAAGCAUCUGUCGGGUGCAUUAAAAUAUGACUCUCCAACCUGCUAUCAGACUCCGUUUGUAUACGAGUCCAUCACACGCCGCAGAAAUAUGCUGAGAUGUUAUUGUACGAAUAAAACCGCAAACCCUUGCCAUUCAGGGACGGCAUUCGGAGAGUGUCCGACUCGCUGUUUUGCAUCAUUUGAAUGACACCGCCUUAGUUUUACAGUGAUAGAUUCAUUUUAUACAUCAGUCCUACCAGUAAACGCUCACAUUGAUCUCAUAUCACUGCAAUGUUACUGAACAUAAGUGUGUGUUGUUGUGAUCCUUAACAUUUAAAUCGCUCAUUACAUAAGUUUCUCUGAUGCGUUUGAAGAUUUUACACACUUCGUAAGGUGACGUACUGUGAAAAUCAUUUCAAAAGUGAGUUUGAGGUAGGGUGUUUUCAGUAGGAAUCACUGAUUGUGUCAAUGGUAAGGAUUUGCUGUGUACUUGCCCUUGCUUAACCACAGUGCUUUAUGACUCCACCUGUAACUGCGACAGCAUGCUGUUAAGUAGCUUUCAUUACGCCACCAUCUAGUACUUCAGAAAUUAUAUUAUUAGAACCACUGUUAUAAUCCUUAGGAACUCUAACUUAAUCAUUGAAUUAAAUUGUAAUUCCAGUGAAUGGUGGGGGUUUGUUGUGCUGUUCUUUAUUUAUGCUUCGGUUGGCUAUAGCCUUUUUAUUGAAGUCUUUAUUAGCGAAAACUAAUAGGCAGUUAUUGUGCAAAUUAAUAUAUGUGGUCUUGACAUUUUCAGAUCCACAGAUGAAUCACCCUGUAAUGCACAUAAGAAACAUUUUUUUUCUCCUCCCUGUUCAUUUUUGUUAGUACUUUUUUUUUUAAAGACAUAUAAUCAAGUUAAGUUGAAUUUGUGACACCGGGGCUAUGUUCAGAAUAAUAAAACAAACAUUGUGGAACACA